AUGUUUAGCGUAUUUCAUACUUGCAAGAGUAAAACAUCGAGUUUUGACAAUACCAAAUUGCGUUGUCAUUCAACUAGACUAUCUUAAACUUAAUAUUCUUGUCCAAGAGUAACAGAGGAAGACAAAUUAUUAUUUGAGAAUACUUAAUUAAAAUAUCAACUUCAUUAAUUGGACGAAGAGUUUAAAAUGUAUAAACUAAAAUAAAGAUAAAUGAAAGUAAGUAAUACACAUAUAAAUAUAGACUGGAUAAGGCUUUAGUGGAGAAAUAUGUUUUUAAUUGUAGAAUCUGCGAAAGUUAUAAACUCUAAAUAAGUAACUUGAACAAGAAUUAUUAUAAAAGGUUAAGGAUAUUGAAGAGAUGAAAAAAUCAAUGAACCUUACCAAAUAGUAAGAAUUACAAAUAGAAUGUAAGGAAUAUCAUUCAGAAUGUUUACGAUUAAGAAAAUAAAUUUAAUAACUUAAUUAGCUUUUAAAUUAUAAACUUAAUGGAGUUAAUUUGAAAGAUCUCUAUGAAGAUUUAGAAAAAAGACUUAAAAAAUUAUAAGUUGAAACUAAAUAAUAAUAAUAACUAAUUUAAUAAUUACAAUCUGAUAUUACAAAAUAUAAAAAUUAGAUUGAAAAAUUAGAACUUGAAAAUAAACAUCUUGAUCGAGAAAAUAAAAAAUAAUUAUUAUUAAUUAGUCAAGUAUAAGUGCCAUAAUAAAAUAAAUUUAAGAAUAGACUACAAAUUUAUAGAGAUGAAGUUGAAAUUACUAAAUUGUAAGCAAAAAUAAUGGAUUUACAAUAACAACUUUCAAAUUAACAGAAUUAUAAGGAAUAAUAUAUAUAAUAACUCUUAAAAAUUAUUAAUGAAAAAGAUGAUUAAUUAUAAGCUUAUGAAUUGUCAAAUCCAAAUCUAAUUAUUAAAUAAGCAACUGAAACGUAAUAAUUGAUUUUAGAUUAAAAGUAUUAACAAUGUGUAUAGAAUAUUUAAAGUGAGAAAACUAUUUAAGAUGAAAUAAUCAGUGAUAUGCCAUCCUAAUUGAAUCUUGUUAGAUAACCAAGUAUUCGAAAAAAAUAACAUGUUAUUGAUUAUUAGAAAUCAUUUCAAAUUGAAAUGACAAGCAUAAAUGGAUAUGAAGAAGAUUCACCAUUAAAUGAAUAAGAAGAUGAUGAUUCAACUAAUAAAAAAGAAUUUAAAAUUUAAAAGCUUCCAAAAGUCAAUUAUUAUGAAGUUAAAACAAUAGGUUAAAAGUUAAAAUUUCAAUUUUAAUUGAAAUCGAUCCCUCUAAUAUAUUUAGAUCAACUUUUGAAUUACUAUGAUGAUUCUGAAAUUACAAUUGAAGAAAUUAUAGACAUCCUAUCAAAAGAACCUUUUAUGAUGGAUGAUGAGAGAGAAAAGCUUUUAGUAGCUAGAUAUCUUGUUGAAGAUAAUACUUAAGAUUAUGUUCUACAUAGUCUAAAAAAUUCUAAUUCUAUAUCAAUAAUUAAAAGUGUUUUGAAAUAAUUAUUAGGUAAAUAUGAGUUAUUUUCUAUUUCGGAAAAAUAGAAUAUAGAAUAACAUCUAAAACAAAUUUUCAUUAAACAUUAAUACAAAAUCUAAGAUACUCUAUCUUAAUUGGCAAUAAAAAAGAAUUAUUCAAAGUAAGGAGAAUGUGAUAAUUCUGAUUAUGAAGCAACUUUGAGAUUUUGUGAAAUAUAAUUAUAACCUAGAUUAAUUGAAUAUAUGGAAAUGAUAAAUUACAAUUUAGGAAAGAAUUUAGAUAGAAUUAAUUAUAAAAUUCUAAUCUAAUAUUUUUGCAAUACUUAAUCAUGA